AUGGUCACAUACAGCCAAGAUGGUGACCGCAUCGUGGUUCUUGAGAAAUCUGCGGAGUUUGAGAAAAGGCACUCAGUACCCCUGAGACUCAACACCCUCUCCCAGGCCAACCCUGCUAUCAUCCACCUGAUCACAACACUGCCCACCUUUCUACUUGGUACAAAUGACUACUGGGAAAGAAUGGGAAUUUUCCAGAAAUCUGAGGCCUCAGCCUCUGGGGAGUAUUUUGGCAUUUCUAGCCCCUCCAUGAGAGGGAAUAUGGAGACUCAAGGUGCUAGUAAAAUGAGGGCCUAUCCUAGUUGUUUUCAUGAUGUGGUCUGUGGCUCUCAGGUAUCUCUCAAGACCUUCAUGGGUUUACAAGCUCAGAACCCAUUUCAUAAGAACCCUGAGACAUUAUAUGUCUUUGCUUGUAUUCAUUCUUGCACUAAUAGUACAAAAGCAGUGGAGGCUAGAGCCACUGGGGAUUCAGCACAAAUCAAAGCAGUGGCACCUAACUUAUUAGUAGUCAUUGUAUUUUUCACUCCCACAAACUCGGAGCCAGAUGCUGCUCUUGGAGAAGCUGAACCACUUGAAAACCCUCAAACCAAAGACUUUGACUCUGUGGCGCCCUCUAGUUCUCCACAGCAAGUGAACACAACUGAGGCAGUAGACUGCUCCAGGCUUCUUCCUGCCUCCCAACCACCAAAUUUCUACUUACCACCAAAGGCAGAAACUGGAAAGUACCCUGCACUAUAUUGGCUGUCUGGUUUAACUUGCACAGAACAAAAUUUUAUAUCAAAAUCUGGUUAUUAUCGAGCAACCUCAGAACAUGGUCUUAGCGUCAUUGCUUCAGAUACUAGCCUUCGUGGCUGUAAUAUUAAAGGGCAAGAUGACAACUGGGACUUCAGCACUGGGGCUGGGUUUUAUGUGGAUUCCACUGAGGAACUUUUGAAAACUAACUAUAGAAUGUACUCUUAUAUAACAAAGAAGCUUCCUCAACUUAUAAAUGCCAAUGUACCAGUGGACCCCCAAAGGAUGUCUAUUUUUGGCCACUCCAUGGGAGGUCAUGGAAAUCUGACUUGCGCCUUGAAAAAUCCUGGAAAAUACAAAUCUGUGUCAGCAUUUGCUCCAAUUUGCAACCCAGUGCUCUGUCCUUGGGGGAGAAAACCUUUUAGUGGAUACUUGGGAACAGAUCAAAGUAAAUGGAAGGCUUAUAAUGCUACCCAUCUUGUGAAGUCCUACCCAGGUUCUCAGCUGGACGUAUUAAUUGAUGAAGGAAAAGAUGACCAGUCUCUUUCAGAUGGGCAGUUACUUCCUGAUAAAUUCAUAGCUGCCUGUACAGAAAAGAAAAUCACUGUUGUUUUUAGAUUACAAGAGGUUUAUGAUCAUAACUACUACUGCAUUGCAACCUUUAUUACUGAUCACAACAGACAUCGUGCAAGAUUCCUGAAUGCAUGA